UUAGUCAGCGGGCUUGAUGCGCAGCAGUCCUUUCAGGCGUGCGCGUGUUGCAUCAUGGCCGCUUCUUGUUGAGUUCUGCAAACUUUUCCCACAUUUUCUCUCAAAAACAUUAACCCAGUUAACACAAAUCUUGGGCAAUGAGUUCACAGCAGUCGUCCAGUGGCUUUGAGAAAUGGCAGAUAGCUUUAUUAAUUGGCGCACCGGUAGCAGUGGUGUGCGUUGCUGGCGCCGUGUGGUACUGGAGGAACUCACAAGAAGGCGAGGAAGAAGGCGAGAGAGAGGACGAAGAGAAAGGGAACCACGAAGAGAAGAAAGCAGAGGAUGAUGGUGCCUCAGAGGCCAAGACAACUAAUAUGACCCCGUCGGAACAAGCCCAGGUCGCUAAACUAAAGGGCAACAAAUACUUUAAAGGCUGCAAGUAUGAACAAGCAAUUAAGUGCUACACAGAAGCCAUAGAACUCUGCCCUCCAGAGAAUAAGCAAGAUCUAUCCACAUUUUACCAGAACAGGGCAGCUGCUUAUGAGCAAAUGAACCAAUUUGAGAAUGUUGUUGAGGAGGCAACAAAAGCCUUGGAGCUCAACUCAAAAUACACCAAGGCUUUGAUGAGAAGAGCAAGGGCCCUAGAGAAGCUUGAAAGGAAACAAGAAUGCCUACAAGACCUUACUGCUGUAUGUAUCCUUGAGGGUUUCUCCAAUCCUAGCUGGAUGAUGCAUGCUGAUAGAGUGCUUAAAGACAUUGGAAGACAAAAGGCCAAGGAGCACUUUAAGAAUAGAAAACCAACGAUUCCCUCUCCAACAUAUAUCAAAGCAUACUUAGAGUCCUUUAGUCAAGAUGAGAUAUUCUCUGAUGACCUACAAGGGCAGGAUGAUGUUCCAAAUGACUCGCCCUUCCUUGCAGCUCUGGAAGAAAUCAAAGAGAAGAGAUUUGACAAGGUUAUAGAUCUUUGUGAUGAUGAGAUCAACAGAGGUCCAAGUCCUUGUUAUGCAAGAGCAAUGGCUCUUAGAGGAACCAUGCACACUCUCAUGUCCCAGGUGAAAGAAGCAAUUGAUGAUCUCACUCAGGUCAUUGACAUGGAUGAUGACAAGGCUAGCACUAAGCUGAAAAUAAAUUGCCUAAUCAAGCGUGGCAGUUUGCACAUACAAGAGACCAGGGAGGCCGAGGCAGACCAAGACUUUAAAAAAGCCAUAUUACUUGAUCCCAACAAUUCUGAUAUUUACCAUCACAGGGCUCAGAUACACUUCCUAACAGAAAAAAUCGCUGAGGCCAAGGAAGAUUUCGAAAAAUGCAUAAAGCUCAACCCAGACUUCAUCCCAGCAAGAAUCCAGCUAGCCUACUGCAUCUACAAGACUGCAGUGUUCCAACAGAAUGCAGUGCUUGCAAGAGGUGCCUUGGAACUGUUUGAGGAGAUCUCAACCAACAACCCAGACAACCCCGAUGCUCUCAGUCUGCAUGCACAGGUGUUACAAGAGCAAGGACAAUUUGAGGAAGCCUGUGAAAAAUUUGACACCGCAAUCAAACUACAACCGGAAAACCCUGUCCAUAAAGUCUACAAAGGGCUGUUGAUGGUACAGUGGAAGCAGGAUUUUGGAAAGUCAGUGGAGUUGGUGAAUGAAGCAAUUUCAAUGGAUAGCAAGUGUGACUUUGCUUACGAAACUCUAGCCACACUUGAGGUUCAGAGGGGUAAUCUUGAGAAAUCUGUGGAACUAUUUGACAAGGCGAUAGAUCUAGUCCGCACGGAGGGUGAGAUGGCACAGACCUUCUCCCUCAGAGAGGCCGCCAUCGCGCAACACCACGUCACCAAGAAGAUGGGAAUAGUACCCAACUUCAUGGGCUAAACCUGUAUGAAUAACCACCUCGGACUAUGCCACAGAUACAAAGACCAAUGAUGCGGUCAAAGGGGCACUUGCUAAAUUGAAGGGUGUUUUUUAGUGUUGUUUCUUAAGGCUUAAAAAAAAUCAGAGUCAUGUGGGCUAAUCAAAAUAUAAGAAUAUUAAGUGACCUCUAAUCUUUAAGAUGAGUGACAAUAUUGUUGCUUAAACAUCUUAUGUUGAGCGGAUGGAAAUGGAUGGAAUGGAAUAGAUAGUACAUUUAGGUCAACUCAAACCUUGCAAUUGCAUAAAGAAAACAAAGUAGAUACUAAGUUGUUUCACGAAACUAUUUAUUACAAUUUGAUGAGGAAAAGUAAGUUUUCAGGUUGUUUUCUUACAUUAAUUUUCAUAUUUUAUAAAACUCCCUUAGUACAAGAUAACCAGUGCCCCUUUAAGAUGGCUAAUAAAAAGAUAGUGUGUGGCUCUUAACGAUGGUUUUCACAUGCAAACAAGCAAACCACGAACAGAAAAGAUCUCUUUUCCCCGGCAAAUCACAUGCAGGAUAUCAAAUCACAAGUAAUGAACAUUGGGGGAAGCACUGCUUCGUUUAAACGCAAAUAACAGUUGAAAUUUACUACUUGAAGAACAGAAAUUCCCAUUGGCCCACCCCUGCUACGGUCCUGUUACCAUGAUGAAUACCGUUGUGUUGUGAUUUGUCAGAAAACGAUAAAUACUUCAGACAUUUUAGCUGUUCGCGGUUUUUCAUCGCGGUUGUGGCCGGUAUUGGCAAAUAAUUAAAAUUUUGUUUUAUUUUUAUUAACAGGAUUAAUGGCAAUUUGUGAGUUAAGUGACUCGUUGUCCCCUCGAUGCUAAAUAGUUUUUAUUACCGGCAUCUUCAGUUUGUUGGGAUAAGUUUGACAUUCUUUAAUUCAGGAUUCCUAUGGCAGAAGAAGGGAACCAAUAUAAACCAGGACAAAAAAGGCAUUUAUUUGACGCUUUUGCUUGGAAUUUACUUGGUGUUUUUAGUUUACUUUGCUUUAUUUACAAGAGAGAAAAAAACUACAAAAUAACAAUCCCAAAACAAAGCUUAUUCUUUGAGUUAAUAAAUUCAUUCAAUAAAUAACCCAGGAAUUAUA